AUGUCGCCACCAUCGACUACCGUCGUCAUUGCGUCAGUCACGGAAGUUGUCGAGGCCGACCGGAAGCAUUACAAGCAGCCCACGACCUCAAUCGAUCUUCAGCAGUGCAUUUGGUCAGAAGUGAUUUUUUACCGAAAAUUUCGAACGAGCAAAAUACGAAUAAAUAUGUCGUUCACUGAACUUGAAGACAUAUCAUUGGUGGAAACUAUUAAAUCAUUUGAAGUGCUGUAUAAAAUUGGACAUGAAAAGUACAGCGACAUAGCAUUCAAAUCCAUCGUGUGGAAAGGUAUUGCGGCUACACUUGGAAAAACAGGUAAGAAAAUAUUAAGAGAUUAGUAAUUUAAGUUCAGUAUAUUCGUUUAUUUGUUCUAAUUGAGUCCCGUCAACUAUUUAUAUUGAUUAUUGAUAUUUUAGUAGGUCAUAAGCGUGCGCAGGGGGUAUUUAAGGUAUGUGCAGGGUACGUGGAUGCAUACCCUGAACACCGGGCCUGGAUUAAGGGAAGAGAAUAGGGGGCUACGUCACCAAGGUUCCACAAAAACCAUAUUAUGAGUUGACUCAAAUAUUUAAAAAAUAUGUACGUUUUAUGCUGUAAUUCAAUUUGAAUUUUAAGCUAAAAUUGCAUGUAGUAUGUCUAUGUAGUAGGUAAUUAAUUUGGUAUCUAAUUAUUAAGAUAAUAUUGGACAGUCCAUCAAUGUUUCUCAAAAAUGGUAUGGUAAAAAUCUGUGGCUAACAGUCAUAAUUUUGUCUUGCAUUAAAAAGUAUUAUUGCCUAAUAUUAUAAUUAUUAAUUAUUAUUAUGUAUUUUACAAGAACAACUAAACAAAUGUAUAAAAAACAUUUUGUAAUAAAUCCAAAUUCUGAAAUCUUUGAAUUUCAUAUUUUACUACUUAUUAAUUUUUUGUUUUAAUCAAAAGAUCACUUAUCUUAUUCUUUUAAAUUUUUAUUUUUAUUGUCAUUUUUUAUUUUCCUAUACAAAUUAACAAAAACCGUCGAAUUAUUAUCGAGUAAAUUAAAUUAAUUUAAAAUUGUAAAUUAAUUGAUUAAACAAUUUUUGACAUAAUAUUAAACUUAAUUUUUUUAACUAACCGAAUUAACUAAAUGAAGUGAAACUUCUUUACAGAGAGUACGAAAAAAAAAGAUUAUCGCGCGUCACGAUCGGUCGUCACGAACGGCCGUCACGGUCGGCCUCGGUCGUUGGUCGUCGGCUCGGUCAUCGGUUAACCGGCACGCGCCGUGAUUACGUCAUCAUCUGUUAACACACACUAGUGACACUGCGAGUGAAUGCAAUCAUAAAACCAUUCUGAGAAACAUUUAAUAUAUAGUGCAGGUCGAACCCCUCUUUCAGAAUUUACCAUUUUAAUAUCUAUGAAUUUAAUCCUCGAUCUAUUCUGGUCAUUUUAAAAUUUUGGCUUUUAAUAUGUUAUCAAUAUCACUUCCCUGAUUACGAAAAUAUACACAUUACUUAUGUGAAUGCAGAUAAUAACGUAUCCUGAGCAAAUUAAGUCUAUCAGGAUUAAAACCACGUCAUUAGCUGUUAACACACUCACACACACCAGUGACACUGCGAGUGAAUGCAAUCAGAUUAAAAUCCAAGAAUUCGAAUUUUCGAGCUAUCCGAAAUUCGGAGUUUUGUAAUGGAAAAUAUACGGCGGUAUACGCCGUAAACCUUCUGAUCAUUACCUAUAAACACCGUAUACCUUCUGGUUAUGGUCGUAUACUCUCUGUUACAGUGAAAUCACAAUACAUAAUAUACAAUUAUAUAUAGGUAUUAUUAUUUUAAUUUUUUUUUUUUGAUUACGAAAACAGAAAUAAAAUAUAUAUCUAAAUAUCCGGACCAUGAAACAAUAAUUUACUGUAGAUUAGUAGAUUAUAGUAUACCCUCUGCUAUUUUUACUACUUUAGUGCUGCACACACACAAUAUAAAUAAAAAUGUCAUAAAAUCAAUGGCUAUUUCAGUUAUCAUAAGCACUUAUACACCCUUAUACAUCCUUCGUGACAAUAGAGUAAGAAAAUAAAUAAUAUCAAUAAUAAAUUAAACUUAUUUUCAAUUGGAUUUUAUUUUAUUCCAAUACGAACCUAAUAUUCAUUUACCACUUGAAUACUCUUGUAGGAGUUUCACUUCAACCGGGCGUACUCAUUACACGCACAGUUAUUUUAAUAUUAUUCAUUUGAUUAUCUAGCAUUGCAAAAAAAAACGAGUACAAAAUAACAAAUAAUUUUUAUUUAAAGAAAUAUUAUUACAUUUUUCGGUACCGAACCUUCUCAGCGAAUCAAUAAUUUUCAAUUCACUAGACUUUAGACACUAGUAUAAUUAAUUAAAUUUAAAAAAAGUUAUAAAAAAAAAAAAAGGAUAGAUGGUAAAUGUUAUUUUAUUAGGUAUUUAUACACCUAAUAAAAUUAUACUGUAUACCUAUUAGACCCGUAGGUGUUACGGGACUUAUUUAAGUACCGAGGUUGGCAACGGUGUUUGUUUCUGAAAAUAAAUAAAUGACGAUCAUAAUUGUCAUGGUUAAAUAUAGGAUUUUUCGUCAAAUAACAAUAAAAACAGUUUUUUUUUUUCAAAUUAAUGAACUACACAGCAUACAGUGGAGAUAUACGAGAUUAAGAUAUUAUUCUUAAUAAUAAUUUUGUAACCGGACUGUCACCAGAUGUUAAAUAUUUAAUUCAUCAAUCAAGAUAUAGCUGUAAUAUUAUAAUCUAAUUUUAUUGGAAAUCGCAUUAUUCUGGCGGAUUAUCGGUGACAUACGUGGGAGGCUUUUAUUUUAACUUAUUACGUUUUUAUAAUCCUUAAGCUGCUGCUUUAUUUUCAACAAAAAUUCGAUUAUAAUUUUUAUUCAUUGUGCUAAUGCUUAUACAUAAAUAAACUUUGUACGUGUACAAUUUCUAAUAUACCGGAUGAUUCUUUUAUCGUUAAACACUUAAAAUUUCAAAUAGCAUUGACUAUUUUAAAUUGUUUUUUGAAACUUAAGAAAUAAAUAGUUCUAAAAUGUUACAUUAUCAUUUUUUUUGUCACCCUUAUUUUUGGAAAUGAAACGACUACCUACUUUUGAUUUUUAUACGGCAACCCAUAUGGAAAAUGUCAUAAAUAGUUGGAGUAUUACAGUUAAAAUAACUGUUGGUAUUGAAAUUUAUAAUUUCCAUUUACUAGAAAAUUUCCUUUCAGAAAAUGUGCUGUACUUGAUAAUCGGAGUAUGCUUUCUGGUAAAAAAAGUGUUCACAUUAAAAAAAUAAUAAUAAACAUCAUUGUAAAACCAAUAUAUUCCUCGUUCCAUUCAGAAUCUAAAAUAUAGUGAAGGAAUACAUUUCGGAGGGGGUUAUAACUCCCUUACCACCCCCCCCCUAUGUGUGCAUCACUGGUAUUAAAGCAGAGCGUCCACUAGGGCAGACUAUCGGCGCUCACGACCCGGAUUACAUGAGUGACGUUCGUCCAUUAAGUGCGGCCUGGUGCGACGGAUUAUGGGAACAACGUUUAUCAUUUAUUUAUAAUAUAAUUAAUUUUAUUAUCAGUUUUAUCAACUUAUAUUAGUAAAGGUAUAUGCGCAGAUAUUAUAUACAAAAACUAGAAAGCCGUCUAUGUAUACAAUUAUGAUGUCCAGCGCCAAUUGUCACUUAGGCAAAAUAAAUAUAUUAAUAUUAAAUAUAUAAAUAUAUUUAUAAGCUACAUGAUAUUGACUACAUUGAUAAUAGAAUAUACAUUAUAAUUGACAAGGUAUAUUUAUAGGGUAAUCAAUCUCUAUCGUAAGACACUCAUUAUCACUGAAAGUAUUAACUUUUUCCGGAAUUUGUUUUCUAGAAUAUUUAAGAAAUUAGCUAUUCUACAAUUUUAUAUUUAUGUAAUUUUUUCGUCACCCUUAUUUUUGGAGGUAAAACCACUACCUACUUUUGAUAUUCAAAUGGCAAUCUAUGUUGAAAAUUCCAUAAAUAGAUGGAGUAUUUUUUUAAAUAUAUUUUUGUGUUGAAAUGUUUGAUUUCCGUCAAUCCAGAUAUUCCCCUUUUAAGUUUAGAUUGGGGGAAAUUGGUGGUGCAUUAUUGAAAUGCCGAGCGCCGUACUGCCACAUAAAUAAUACUUGCCAGUAGUCGGAUCUGUAUUUAUUUAUAUGCAUUUUGUUUUGGUGCACCAGGCCGAUAUUCCGCCCUAGUGGACGCUUAGCUUAAUACUGUUAUAUUUGUGUGAAAAAUAAUAUAAGCUAAGCAUAGUACUCAUAUGUUACGUUGUAACUGACCGUAACAUAAGCCUUCAGGUAAAAUUUUUUGUUAUAUAUGUGGUGGAUGGUCUGGCAAUACCACUAAUUUGCACACAUGACUAACAUAUUUUAGAUUCUGAGUGGAAUGAAGAAGCGUAUGGUUUUACAAAGAUGUUUAUUUUUUUUUGUUUUUUACCGUGUGCAACUUUUCAACCAGAAAUCUAGUUCCAAUUUUUAAGGGUAGCACCUUUUCUGAAAGAAAAUCUAACUGGAAAGGUACUUUAAACAGAUCAUUUUUCAAUUCUCUCAGGAUUUUUCCCAAAAAAUGUGGAAAAUCAAAAAAAACGUAGGAAAAUCGGUACAAUACAAACAAAUAUUAUUAAAGAAAAUAUAUAAUGCCUAUUUAAUUAUAUUACCAUAAUAUGGCAUAAAUAUUGUUGACAAAGGAUCUCUAUCGACUGAACUCUACUCAGAAUCGUUUUUUCGUUGUUCUAUCAUUGCUUACAGAUACAAAUUAAUUUCUCCUCUAUAUCCUACCUUCACAACAUUUCACUAACAACAGUCCUCACCCUUUGCACCCGUUCUCAUUAUCCUAGAAUAGCUUUUUGUUUAAUAAAUUAUGAGUAUUAUAUGUUUGACGUUUCGAUUACCCCAGCCCUUACAUGGAGAUUAUUCAACUUUCCCAACAAACGGCUUACAGAUAUAUGAUAAAUUAGCUGCACCCAACUCUAUUAUCCUAGGUCGUCUCUUUCUACAUGUUUAUCCAUAUUUGGCAACUAAAUUUUCAUACACAGAUGAUAUUUUAUCGAAACAAUCCCUGGAUGCCUCUUAUGAGCCAGUUGCAACAUUUGACCCUUUAAUCUUGCUGGUAUAACUAUCCUAGAAUCCCAUAAUAGGAUAUUAUUAUACACACACAAUUAAGUAAUAAAGACAGUACUCCAAUAUAUUAAUCUGUAAUUUAUCAAAGUUUUUCAAAAUUAUCCAUUUCUAAACAAUACUUUACUGUUUUGAUUUCUUCAUUGCUUCUUGAUAGUUUGUCUAUCACAUAAAUAUUAUGUAACUUAGGCACGGAUUUUGCUGAACUUUAUGCUGAAUCCAAAACUCUUUCCUAAGAAUUUGUGUCCUUAGGUAUCCUUUGUGUCCUUUAAUAAAUUAAAAACAAAUAAUUCAGAAAUAAUUCCACUAGAUAUUAAUAGAUUCAGAGAUUCCAAUAGAUCUAAUGCUAUUUUAAUCAUUUACACUAAUGAAAUUCAUAAAAAAAAACUUUAGAUUUUAUAAAUAAUAAUUAUAUUCAAAGUUUAAUGUAUGACCCAAUUAUAAUUUACACUAAAUACAUUAAUAAACUGAUAACAAAUUCAAAAGAAAUAAAACCCAAAAUAUCCAUGCCAUCAAAAUUUUCUUAAAAUCUAUUUACAAAAAAGAGACUCCACACUUACAUCCAUUCAGGAAAUUGCAUAAACAAUGUAAUCCGAUUCUUCCAGUAAUUAACUUUAAAAUUACUCAAUCAUAUAACCUUACUUAAUAUUUGGACUCUAUUAUAAAAUAAAAAUUAAACAUGAAUAUUAAAUAGUAAUAAUUCUAUAAGAAAAAAAAACUUCAUUAAAAAAUGAAUAUUGAGCCAGAUUAAAAAUGAUUUCUCUUAAGGUCAAAAAUUUAUAUACAUCUAUUUCUAAAUACGAAAGAGUAAAUUAAAAAGAAAAAAACUUCUACGAAGUAAUAAAUUCAAUACAAAUGAAGUACAGGAUAUUAUUCAAUUAAUAAAUUUAAUUAUUAAUCUAAACUAUUGACAAUAUAAUAAUAAACUGUAUUCGCAAAAAGAAGGGUUAGUUAUGGAUGGACCUUUAAAGUGCUCUUUUAUCUAAAAUUCACAUGCAAAAUUAUGAAAUCAUAAUAUUAUUAACAACAAAAUAUAUAGUCCAUAUAUAAAAAGCAUAUUAUAGAUAUGUUGAUGCCACUUACAUUUUAUUUAGAGGUUCAAAUAGACAAACAGAAAACUUAGUUAACUACUUAAAAAAAAUAAAUAAAAAAAUUCAAUUUAGACUUGAAAUACAAAUAAAUAAUAAAUUCAAGUACAUUCAUUUAUAAAGAACUACUUACGUUGUUAAAUUCAAAAUUUCCUUUACUCUUUGUUGUAAUUCAAAAAUAAGGUGGGGAGGUUUAGCCUAAUUAUAUAAAAUUGAUUCACACGUGUAAGUUAAUUAUAAAUUUGAUUACCUUUCUUCUUCAGGCGGCAAAUUGAUCUGUUGAAUUUGAUAAAGGUGACCGUAGCAAAUAAAAAGAUUUUUAACAUAACAACUGUUUCUUUUUUGUUAUUUUUUUAAAUAUAAAACACUGUUCUAGGUUCCCGUGCUUUUGUAAGAAUCUCUGCGUAGUCUUUUACACUCGCUUGUGAUCAUCUGUCCAAAAGNUAUGUGUGUUUGCGUGUGUAAAUGUGUUAUCUUAAUCUGGUUAAUAUUAACAACUUAAUCUAAUAAUUAAUGGCUACAAAUUAUUAUAAUUAUUUUACAAUAUUGAUUAUAUAAUUUAUUUUAAUUAUAUAUGAUAGCUUAAGUGUUAUCUCCUUACGAUGAGUAAAUAUCGCACUAAAAUAUAUGUUAUUUGAUAAGAAAAAAGAAUCGGAUGUAAAUGUUUAACUAUCAUUUCCGCUAUUAAUUGUUUGAUUUAUUUCUUACAUUACAUAAUAUUUUAUUUUACAUAAUGUAUGAUAGCUUAAAUAGCAUAUCAUUACAUCUUUAUCCCUUAGGGUUAUUAAGUGUAUUUACAGAACGAUCAAUCAUUGAUAAGACACUCCACAUCUGUAGAUGUCUUAACUUUUUUCGGAAUUUUUUUUUUACUAUUUAAAAACAAACAGCUCUAAAAUACUUUAUAACCGUGGUUUUUGCACCCCUUUUUUGAGGGGAGGGAGUAAAAUAAAUACUCAAUUUUGGUUUUCAAAUAGGUACCAACCUAUAUUAAACAUUCCAUAAAUACAUGAACUUUUAGUUUAAAUACAAUCGUAUUGUAAUUUUUCCUUUUCGCCACUAGUUUUAGUGGAGCAAUAUUUAAACACCACGUUCCCUACGUCACCACCAUUGAAAUUAUGCGCCACUACUCCUGACCUACCCAAUUUUAAAAGUAAAAUAUCUCAUUAAUGAGUUAAUGGAAAUUAAAAAUGUAUCACCAAUUAUGUAUUUAAAUUAAUACUUCUCUAUUUAUAGAAUUUUUAAUGUAAGUUGCUAUUUAAAAAUCAAAAGUGGAUAAUGGUUUCGCUCUCAAAAAAAAGGUGGAAAAAUUAAUAUUAAUGUAAAAAUGUUUCUAUUUGUUUUAUAACAUUAUUAUGUUAUUACAAUUAUUGUCGGAAUAAAUUACUCGGGUAAUCGGGUAUUAAUGCUUAUAUUUUUCCACGUGGAUAUUCAAUGAACUUCUUUGAAAUUGUGUAUCUGUUUUGAAUUUUCGUCUAUUUUUAGCGAAACUAUAAGGUUUUUUUCCCAGGAAACGGUUAUCAUCGAUGAUACACGAGAUGUUAAUCUACAUCACUCAAGCCCCACCCAUUUGGAAUUUUGAAAACAUUUUUACACAGAUAUUUAGUAUGUAAUUUGUAUGAAUUUAUAAGUCAGUUUUAAAAUUUUGUAUGCCCUUGGUUUUCACAUUAUCCUAAUAAAACUAUAUGUAAAGCCAGGAUGAUGCAACUUCAGCCCCAGCCUUAGUUAAAAAUUAAGUAUAAUUGAGUUUGACUACGUUAUAUUUUAGUACUCAAUUUGUAUGAAAAUAUUUUUACUGUAUUUGUAUUUGUAUAUAUUUGUAAUACCAUUUUUACAAUUUAUAUAAUUGUAUAACUGUACGAGUCUCGUUUAGCAACAAUGACACUGAAAAUAGUAUCAACAUAAGAAUAUGUUCAAUUGGGGAUCAUAAUAUCUGGGUUUUAAUCGACAAAACCACUGAUAGUGAGGGACGCUAUGUAGCGAAUGUAAUUGUCGGUACAUUAGAAAUAGAACGACCAAGUCAAAUAUGUUUACUUCAUUCCGAGGCUUUAGAAAAAGCAAACCAUAUUACAAUUGCUCAACUUUUCCAUCGGGCACUAACAACUUUAUACCAACCCCCCCCCCCUCCUGUAUACAAGACUGUAAUAAACCGUUACCGCCAUCGCAGUAGUGUGAACAUGGCGGUAGUUUACUAUAUCGCUACCAUUACCAUCAACCGCAAACGCUGUAGUAUAUGAGCAUCUUAAUAGAUAAAAAUGAUAAUAAUUUGCCGAGAAUUUAGUUUUCUAAGUUGUUGUACCUGAAUCAGAUUUUGUUAUCUUCGGAUUCUUAUCUUCGAGAAAAGGGCAGGCCCUGUCCGACUGUCAGGACAGCCUUAUCUGAAAAUAAUUUUAUACUAUUGGAUAAACAAUCUAACGAAACGUGGUCUGGUAAAAAAAAAAAUAACUAUCCGAUGUGGGAUUAUUAAACACCGAAUAUAUGUGAAUAAACGUAAAACAGUUUUUUUUAAUGAAAUUUUUGUAUAAUUUAAAUAUUUUCGGUUAUUAAAAACAAGGUAUUGAAUUAAAUUUGAACAUUUUGUUAAUAUUUGAACUAAUGGGUUAGUCUUUAAUUGAUUCCUCCUAUAGUUAAUUAUUUGUAUAUGUAUCUUACCAUUCGAAUUUAAUUGUAUACAUCAUAUAUAGGUACAUAUAGUAUUUAUAAUAAAUGUUCAAUCCAGCAUUGCACUAUUAUAUACCAGUCUCAUAUCUUUUCUACAGUCCACGAAAAAAAUAGAUAUUUCAUUAUUUCGUUACAUCAUAAUCUGUGUAUUAUCAAAAUAUGAGUCCCACAAAGGUCUUGUGAGGAAACCGCCACCCAUAGUAAAAGCGGCGGUGUUAUUUUGUUCUCCCAAUUUACUUAGAAUAUCGUUUGUUUGUAAAACAUGACUAUAUAACGUAGAAGUAUUAUAAAAUUAUUAUUAUAUGAGCAUAAUAUAUUUAUGUAAUUUUAUUAUUUUACGAAAAUUAUUACUUUUAUCAGUGUUACAAAAUUAAAAAAGUCAAAUUACCAUUCUAUGACAACCAAAUCACUGGGACCAAAUCACAAAGGGACCCAAAAAACAACCACGUACUUUAUAAUACACCAUAUUUUUGUCAUUAAUUUUUUUUGGGAGGUUAGCUUAAAAAAAUAUAUUCAAAUAAUCUUAACCGUAUCAAGUGUUAUUAUCUUUUCACUUUUACCAUAGUUAUUGAAAAAAAAAACCAGUUUCAAAAUCUUAAUUAUUGUAUACAGUAUAGAAAGAUGAUAAAACUAAUUGAUCAUCUAUAUUUUCAUAUGACAUCAAGGGAAAAAAAUUCUUAUCAAUUUUAGUUCGGAGAGUCGAGAAAAAUUAGUUUUCUUAUAUCUAUUUACUUUUUGCAAUAAUUUUAACAGACCAUAGCAAUUUUUAAAAUACCACAUGCUAUACUGAGCUACAAGUUUUUUAAUUUUUUUAGUUUGUUAAUUUUAACACUGCUUUUAUGGCAUAGCAUUCGCUUAUAAAAAAUAACCUAUACUAUUCCACUGUACAAAACAAAACUUUUAUAAGUUAACGUAGUCGACUGACGUAAUCGUGGAAUAAAUUUUCUGCAGAUUCACGGGCAACGCACGUUACAUACUACGAGGCGCUUAACAUGUUCAAUAAAUAUUUAAUUAAAAUAGAAUUAUAAAAUUUAACCAAUUUGAUAACCUCGAAUAUGAAAUUUUUACCUAUAAGUACCUACUAUGCAUCGUCAUUUAUUAAUUAACUGUAUUUUAUAAUGUUAUAAGUUAAUCAAUGCAAAAAGAGAUGGAGAAAUAUUAAGGCAUCGUAUAUUAAGAAUAAAUUAAAUUUGGAGUCCACAGGCAAAUCAUCUAACUACUGGCCCAUACAUGAUUAUGUAACAUUUCUGGACGGAGAUUAUUUAAAUCAAAAGUAAGUUUGAACAUUAGAGUUUAGAAAUCAUUUAAGUACUAUAUUUGAAAAAUGAUUCUAAGUACAACUUAGAAUUGCAAAAAAUAUUGAUGCUAAUUCAUUUCUACGAUUUUUCAAGUUUUUCUAGGUUUUAGAUCGUUGAACUGAGAAAUUUGAAAAAAUUACUCUUUUAAAAUACCUAUUGUGUUUAAUAAUAUUAUAAUAAUAAUAAUUCGAAAAUCCUUUUUAGAUUAUGAUUGGAGGUUAUGGUUCUACUAAGAUGUUUAUUUAUUUAUUUUUUUUAAUCUGUGUGUGCAACUUUUCUACCAAAAAUCUUGCUCCGAUUUUUAAGUAUAGGGAAGCUAAAGUACCUCCCCUCAAUAUGGGGAGAUACUUUAAGGAGGUCAUUUUUUGAUUUUCCCAAGAGUUUUCCCAACAAAUGUAAAUAACCGGAAAAAACGUAGGAAAAACGGGAAAAUCGGUACAAUAUUAAACAAAUAUUAAAAAAGAAAAUAUAUAAUGCAAAUUUAAUUAUUUUACCAUUAUAUGAUAUAUAUAUUGUUCAAAAAGCAUCACUAUCAACUGAACUCCGCUUAGAAUCGUUUUUCCGUUAGCAAUGAUUUAUCAUUGUUUACAUAUUUUUAUUAAGUAUACAUGAAAUUACUUAUAAUAGUGGCUGCACCCGUCUCUAUUAUCCUAAGACAGCUUUUUUUUUUUACUUAAUUAAAGGGCUUUCUUAAUAAAUGACUUGACACUCGUAUCUCUGCUUUACCAAAUAGUAUGGCAUGUCACUAUACUAAAAUGAGUUAUUACCUAAAACUUUUAGGGUCAAUUCAAGUGUUUCAAAUAAAGGAACUAAAGAAAACGAGCUCGAAGAACACCGCUCUAAUGAUAAUGCUUCUCAUAAUGAUAUACUGGCAUUACGGACAGAAAAUAAUACACCACCGUCUGGUUCUCAUAUUAAAAAUCAUGCACAUGCAGAAGAUCAAACUGCGAUUGAUUUGGCCAAAGAUAUAAAAGAAAUGAAUUCGUUGUCAGACAAUAAUGCAUCAUUUACGAUCAAAAUUCAGAAUAAAGAUAAGUGAGUUAAUAAUAAUUUAAUAUUGUAUUUAUUUAUCCCACAUUGUUUAAUUUAUAAAUUAAUUUAAUAUAAUGAUAGCUACAUCAAACUAUACACUACCAUUAACCUGAUUUAAUUAAACAAUCUUGUUUGGCUAAUGUUGCUUUUAGAAAAAUAGUCGGAGGUAUAUCAAUGAACAAAUUCGUUCAAAUAAAGGUAAAAUUUAUAAUUUUUUUUUGGAGAAUUCAAAAGCAAAAAUGCUAGGGAAACUACUUCUACAGUUAAGGCUAAUUAAUCAAUCUUUUAUGCUAGCGCUUAUAGCGUAUUAUUAUAUGUACCUAUCUCAUAUUUCAUUUAGUAUUUGUUUGUUGUUACUUAGGAUUUUAGAUAAGGUAAAAUUUUAAUCCAAGGGGGAUAUUUCCAUUGAAAACAAAUAAUUUUUUUUUUUUUUUUUGGUUGAUAUAUCGAUCCAUUUUGUAAACAUUAAAUUUUCUAACUGAAUCAAAAAGUUCCCACCGAAACAAAUUGUGCCUAACAGAUAAAGUUGUGCCCAAAUGAAAUCAAAAUUUUACGUUCCAGAUUUUAUACUACAUAAAGUAGAGAAGCGGUAAUAAUUCUGAACAGAUUUGAUUUCAACAUAAUGCAUAUAAAAUUAGUCAUUGGCAACUUUUUACCAUUAUAAUUCAUAUUUUUAAAAUAUUUGAUUUUAUAAUUUUAAAACAAAAAAAAGAACAGAGAAGGAGUGGCCACUGUUGAAGUGGGUAUUUAAGAAGGUGAUAUACAUACAAUUAUUUAAUUUAUAGCAACGAUAAACCAUUGCUACCGAAAAACGAAACGGAGCUAAAAUAUGUUUUAAAAGACCAUUAUUUUUACAACAUAUAUAUACAUUCAACAUUUAAUUUUAAAACUUUAAAAAAAAAUACUAUAUUACCCUCGAUUUUUUCAUUUUUGACCACUAAGUACUACUUAAAAUGAACCUCCUGUCAAAUUUUUAAGCAUUUCUGUUCUAACAAUUUACAAUCAACACAUUCUAACAAUUUUAUCCACAAAGUAACUACUAAAUAAAAAUUACUUAAAGAACUCACAAAAUUUAAAUGCCUGUAAAUAGCUUAAAAUGGAGCAAAUGUUUUGAAAACGUUACCACGUCUAGAAAAAACAAACAUAUGUUUCUAUCUGCCUUAGUCAAUUCCUAUAAUUCCUCCUUCAAUGUGCAAUUGAUUCUUUCUCCACAUAAUUAUCCUAUCAUUUUAUUAAUUCUUUCAUAUAAUCAGACUGGUUUUGUAAUUUAAUAUUUAAUAUUUUGUUUUUUCAUUAUUUUAACCAUUAUUUCUUAGCUGAUUAUUAAUUGUUUUAACUAAUUUAAAAUGUUUCAAUAAAAAAAAAAAGUUCUCUAUCAAAUAGAAAGUCUUUACAAAUAUUUUUAAUAAAAUUACAUAAAAAAAAAAAAAAUACAUAGUUUAAAAAAUAAAAGAAUUAUUUUCGUAAAUUUCCGCGUUUUUUCUAUGUAUUUUUUGGUUAUUGGUUAAUUAUUUAAAAAAAUUACAGCGAAAAUUAAAAAACAAUUCUCUUGGCUAAAAACUAGAUUAAAAAUUUAACAAAAAAGACCUCUUGCCGUUUUUCUAUUAGAGCAAUAUUUCUGGUAGAAAACGGAACUAUAAUUUUAAAUUAUAACUAUAAUUUUGUUUCCAAUUUUUCACAAUUGUUUUAAAAACCCCUUAGAAAAUCAAAAACUGACCUGUUUAAUUCACCAACUAAACAAAAUUUCCUUUCAAGAAAGGUACCUACUCUACUUUAUACAUCGCAGCUAGAUUUAUUUUUAGCAAGUUGUUUACAGACAGAAAAAAAAAAUGAAAAAAAAACACAUAUCAUAUUAAAACUAAUAGAUCCCGUGAUAUGCUCCAAAUCUAAAAAUAAAAUAUCUAAAACUAAAUUGAAUAAGGUGGCAUGAUCAUCUCUAAUUCUCAUCUAUAUACAUGCUACGCUAAAUUAAAAUUUGUUUUUAAAUUACAUCGUUUUACUUCAUCCAGUCAUUUCAAUCAGUGAUUGCCAAGAAAUUGGUAAAAUGUCACCUAACAAUUAUUAUUUCAAUUUAGAAAGAGAAAAAUUAUCUCUUCCACUAUUGUAUAUUAUAUCAUACCGAAAGUACUUCAUUAUACUUCCGUGCACAAAAAAAAUUAAGUUUAAAAAAAAAAUCAUGUAGUGACAUUACAUUUAAUAAUGAUUAAACCUUUAAAAGACGUGAUAUAAUAUGUAAACUAAGUAAAAUGCCAUUGUGUAAUAUUACAAAUACCUAUAAUGAUAAAUAAGAUUAAUUAAAAAGUUAAACACUUAGUUAACAUAUUGUUUACUUGAUCAGACGUGUCAUUGUUUAUAAAUUAUUAAUUAAUUUAAGAAAUUUAUUAUGGUGAUUAAUUCUUUUUAUUUACUUACACGUCUUACCAAGUAAACAAUAUCUUAACUAAGUGUUUAACUUUACAAUUAAUCUUAUUUAUUAUUAUAGGUAUUUGUAAUAAUACACAAUGGCAUUUUACUUAGUUUCCAUAUUAUAUCACGUCUUUUAAAGGUUUAAUCAUUAUUAAAUGUAAUGUCACUACAUGAUUUUUUUUUUAAACUUAGUUUUUUUUGUGCACGGAAGUAUAAUGAAGUACUUUCGGUGUGAUAUCAGCUAUUUUUUAUAAAAAAAAGUCACAAUAUUAUUUUUCUUUUUAAAUUUUAAGAUGAAUUUUGAAUUCGAAACUGGUCGUUAAAUAUUAAAACUAAUAACGGAGGGUUCAGCGUCGUCGUCACUUGUGGUCGUCGAUGUCGCAACAACGAGAGUAGAUAUUUUACUAUAUUUUUGUCGAAUACGAAAAAUCAGACUUGAAAGUACUUGAACAUUUUAACUUUUAACUUUUAAUCAAACUAACCAAUCUGCUUGCAAGUUCCCCUGUUUCCAUCUGUACAAUAUUUCUGAUCUUUUGAUACCUUUAUGGUCUUAUAUGUUCAGCCAUUUGCCCUGUAGAGUUGGCCAAUGGAUUAACAAGAAUUAGCACGGUUUUUCAAUGGUACAACUCUUGCUACGUUUUUUGCUAAUACGCUAUUGUUUUAUUUUUAUUUAGCUCAUGCCACUACCAUCGCACUAGAUUAUGUUAUAUUAUAUUGUAUUUAUAUAAAUAUUAUUAUCAAACAAAUUUCUAGAGCCACUUUAAACAUUAAAAUUGACAAGGAAAAGGGACAAUUUGAGGAUUGCAACAACGUCAAGGUUGAAGAUAAAUAUGAACAGACAACAUCUCAACGUCCUCAACCAUCUACAUCAGACGCAGUGCCUUCAAACGUUACAAUGAGUUCUGCUCAAUUAAAACAAUUAAACGAAAUAAAUAAAAUGUACAACUUGUUAAAACAAUUUGAAAUGAUUAACGAAAAAAUAGAAACCGUUAAAUCAUUAGAUUUAUUUUUUAAAAGCGUUUUAGCAGAUCUGGACAAAUUCUGUCCUCAGGCUAUUGACGAUGUGAAACUUAAAAUUUUAAACUGUGUAUCCGAUGUCAAAGGAUUAUAUUUAAAUUCAGAUAUAUCAUCCGAUUCUCCGGCUUCUUUUUCUUCAAUCGAAGAAAAUAUAAUUUUGAAUAAUUCGAUGCUUAACAUUAAACCGGAGACCACUAAAUCGACGGAAUUAUUUCUGAAAAGCGUUAUGGUGGAUAUGAAAGAUUUUUGUAAUGUGGCAAUGGCUGAUGCUAAAAUCAGAAUUUUGAAAUGUGUAUCUGAAGUUAGAGAUACUGUGUAUCCUGUAAAUUUAUCAGAAACCUCUUCCAAUUUAAAUCGGAAUUCAAAUAAUUUGCCAAUGGAAGCUCGUCCCAACAUACAAUCCACCAUUGUUCCAACAGGACAAUACCGUAAUGGCGUACAACCUCCUUACAAUAUGAUGGUCCUGCCCAUCUAUUGUUAUCAUAACCUGCAUCCUACUCGUCACUAUCAAUAA